AUGUUCAGAAUCCGAAAGAUGAGGCUGUUGAUAUUGAUGCGCCGCAGCCAACGGGUGACAAAGGCUGGAAAAGACGGAGCUGAGGAGCCUGUCAUCGGAAUUCUUUGGAUGUUGGUUCAAGAGACCGGAAAAGACACCAUCGCCAAGUCCAUCCUGUUCACGCUCUCCGCCCGGGAACAUGGCCCCAAUGCGGACAGCCAAGGUCAAAAGAGGGGACCUUCACCGGGGGGACAGGACAGACUUGGACUUGGCUGGACCGUCGUCGUCGUCGUCGUCGCCCUUGCGGUUCCCGAGUUGAUUCGAGCCUCACAACCCCAACCCGUGAAGGAUGGAUCUAUGGUAGUUGUUACCUGA